AUGCAAGAGAUCCCCCUGGAGGUUUUCCUGCUGCUGAUCAUGAGCACGGGCAGCCCCUCCCCCAAGGGCGUGAUUCGCCUCCUGGACUGGUACAAGCUGCAGGAGGAGGUGCUCCUCGUUCUGGAGCGGCCCCUUCCUUCCUUGGACCUCUUCGAUUUUGUCUUGCAGAGAGGCGGGUUUCUGCAGGAGGGCGAGGCGAAGGUGAUACUGAGGCAGCUGGUGGAGGCCGUGCUGGAGAUCCACGGGAGGGGGGUGGUGCACCGCGACAUCAAGCUGGACAACGUGCUGGUGCAGACGGACGCCAGCGGCCCGCUCGUACACGUGCUGGACUUCGGCUGCGGCGCCAUGCUGAACGAGAGUCCCCACAAGUUCCACGGUAGGGGAUCCGCUGACAGUGUCAGGGCCUCAUUAAAAAUUCUGGAUGAAAUUAUACAACACAAAGACGGAAAAAAAAUUAAGCUUGGGGAAUGGGCACCAGCUGAGAUUGAAAGCAUAGAAACCCUACAGUAA